UUGUGAAGUACAUCAAAUGCAGUUAUUCAAUGUUUCAUAUUUCAAUUACUUACGAAGAAUUUUUUAUUUAUCAAAACAUUAUUUGUCCUAAGUAUAAUGGUACAGGAAAAUUGUUACAAUAAGCAUUGUAUUGGUUACAAUAAGUGGAAAUGGACCCACAGUUAACCAAACAAUUAAUUCGAAGACGAUUGAUUUUAGAAAAUUCUUUGGAAAAUUCGAUAAAUUAUGAAAAUAAAAUAAAUAAUAUUGAAAUAUCUCCAAUAUUGUUAACAAAUAGUGUACCGUCAAGUAACAUAAAACACAAUUUUCUAGAAAAAAUCAAAAAAUUUGAAUCAUUUGGUGAUAAUCAAACAAAGAGAACACAUCAAAAAAUUGUAGAAAAAUUUCGUAAUAAUACUGAAAUUGUCAACAAAUUUAAUAAUCUGAAUAAAGAAACAGCAUCAAAGAGAAUACAAAUAACAAAUAAACUUGAAUUUGAUAGUAUUGAGAGCUUUUAUAAUAACAAUAAUAAAAAAGAUAACUUAAACGAAAAAAUAAAACAAUUUGAAAUAUCAUCUUUACCAAAAAAUAAAGCCUUAAAAUUAAGCACGAGAAGUGUUAAAGAACAUCUACAAACAUCAAAUGAGUUAAUCAAAUCAUCAAAAAAAAAAAUAUGCAGUAAAUCUGAUUAUAAUAAUUGGAAAAUUGACAAAAACUGGAAUCAGUCAUCUAUAAUGAUUAAAAUAAAUUAA